GUAACAGAGACAAGAUUUCACGUCAUACUGCUCGAGUGAGCUCCAGAUGCAUCAUCAAGAUAGUACGUGUAAAUGUUCAUCAGCAUGUGGCUUUUCAUUGUGAUUUUCAUCAGUGGUAAAGAUCUAGUGAAUGGUGGAUGGGAUGAGGUGAAGACAGUGAUGGAAGGAGAUGCUCUCACUCUGCACACGGGAGCUCAACAAAAUAAAGACAAUAUAGAGACAAUAUGGUUUUUUAAAAGUAGAAAUCUUACCACCCGCAUAGCACACAUGAAUAAUGGGAAAAGUUUUACCCAUUAUGAAAAAACACUUGCUGACAGAUUACAAUUAGAUCAAGAGAGUGGAUCAUUGACCAUCUGUAACAUCAGUACCAGUGAUUCUGGAGUUUAUGAAGUAUCUCUCACCAUCAGAUUAGAUGUCUCUGAGAGGAAGAUCAAAGUUGAUGUAUAUGCACCCGUCUCUGUACCUGCCAUUGAGAGCAAAUCAUUGGUUAUUGUGGACCAAUCCUCGGGUACUUCAAAGCAGCCACAGAAGAAGAAGGAGAUCUGCUCUGUGUUCUGCUCAGUAAGAAAUGAUCGAGGUGUGUUCAUCUCGUGGUAUAAAGGAGGUGAAAUGCUGAACCAGACCAGCAAUCCUGAUCUCAACAUCAACCUCAGUUUAUCAUUAGAGCUUCAUUAUAAUGAUCCAGAGACCUACAGCUGCACGGCUGCAAACCCAGUGAAUAACAAAACUGUCCGUCUUCACAUGAAACAGAUCUGCCCACGACAGGAAGAUUGUGUGGAUUACUGUGGCGUCACUGAGGCUGUGGUUCGUCUGGUUCUGUCUGGUCUGGUGGGAAUCGCCACGGUUGUGUUUCUGGUUGAACAUCUGAUGUUCUGCUCAUCUCAAGGAAGAGCUGCUUCUUCUGUGUGAUGUGACUUGCACAAGAGUUUGCAGGGUGUCAAAUUUGACAUUGGUUUGCAAAGCGUUACCAUGAGGUACAUGUGAGAAGCACGUCUUGGUUGCAGUAUUCCUUAUUUAUUUGCUGUGGAGACAAAAGUAUCUGCUAAAAUAAUAUAAAUUUACUACAGUAAAUGUGACCAGCUUUGAAAAUAUAAAAUACACUCAAACAUUUAUGUAAAUAAUUUAACGUAAAUAUAAUUGUGUGUGUGUGUGUGAGUAUAUGCAAUAAUGUUUAUGAAUGUAGUAGCCUAAUUUUUCUUAUGUUUUACUAUUGUAAUCAUUGAUAAUGUAGGCUAUUAAAAGUUUUAGCUAAAACUUUAAUACGCGUCUCAAAUCAAUGGGUAUUGAAACGCGGUAGAGUUAGCAUGUACAAUUCUAAUUAGCUUGAACAUAUCACAGUGUUUGACAUGAUAAAUUCUUCACAAUGUGUUGUUAAAGGGUUACUCCUCCCCAAAAUGAAAAAUUUGUCAUUAGUCAC